UUUAAUUAUAUGCAUUGGAGAAGGAGGAAAUAACUGAAUCCAUUUUCAAAUGUAUAAGUGUUUUGUAUUGUGCCGCCAUAUCUACGUUGACAUAUUAUCUAAAAUUUUACAAAUACUUUUACUAAAAAUUUGCUUAUUUUUGUAUUAGUUGAGAAAUAGAUAUUGUAUGUUUUAUUAUUCGGUAAAAAAUUGUUUCUUUUCGGAUAUUUAUAUUUGUCUUUAAACACGUGUUAAAUGAAGAGGUUAGGGCAGGAAACACAUUUCCAUGGAACGGCAAUGCAAACGCCGUUUUAAGAAAUCUAUUAAUACGCAAACUAUGAAUACAAAGGAUAAAAAAAUUGAUCAAUGUAUGACCCCACACACAGAGCGUAAUGCGUCUGGUCGAAAUUGGGAAAUGUUUAAAAAUUUAGUACUUCACCCAUCACCAUCAGGUUCAGAUUCUACUGAUAAAGAAAAUGUUAAUAAGAAAUCUCCACAUCAAAAGUCAAGAAAAAAGCAUUAUUCAUCUGCAUUGAAUGUAGAUCAUAUGUCACGUAGUGAGGAAGAAAUAGUUUAUGAUGAAGAUAAAAAGAAGCUAACAAAACAGAUAGCAAUAGAUUGUGAAAUGGUUGGCAUUGGAGAUGGCAGUGAAAGUAUGUUAGCUAGAGUAUCUAUUGUGAACCGUCAUGGUUUUUGUGUUUAUGACAAAUAUGUAAAACCAAGAGAACCUGUUCAAGAUUAUAGAACUAAAGUUAGUGGUAUUAGGCCUCAUGAUCUCCAAAAUGGAGAAGAAUUUCAGAUUGUUCAGAAUGAAGUAGCAGAAAUUUUAAGAGGUCGCACUCUAGUUGGUCAUGCAUUAAAACAUGAUCUUGAUGUACUAUAUCUUUCUCAUCCAAGGAAAUAUUUACGAGAUACUUCCAGAUUUAAAACCUUCAGACAGUUAUCUGGAGGGUAUACCCCUAGUUUGAAGAAACUUGCACAUGAAUUAUUAGGCAAAGAAAUACAAACAGGGGAACAUAACUCUAUCGAAGAUGCAAGAGUUGCAAUGCAGUUGUACGUGCUGUACAAAAAUAUGUGGGAAUCUGAAUUUUAUUCUAAAUGAUAAUUUAUACUGUAAUGAAGGAUCUAUCUCUAUUAUCUAUCUUUU